AAGCAGCUUUCAGUUGCCUGACACCUGACAUCCAUCAUCCAUCCAUCAUCCAUCCACCAUCCACCAUCCACCAUCCACUGAUACCUGAUACCUAAAUCUUUACCAGAGUACGAACCAUCGGACGGCAAAAUGAGUGUCGGGCAAUGACUUGAAGAGAAAUAUAAGGAUUUGACGCAAACUUUUUCCUUAUUUCUUCCAUCUCUCAUUCUCCCUCUUCCCUCUUCCCUCUUCCCUCUUCCCUUUUCCCUUACACUUAUCUUUUCUUCCCUUUCUCUUAUCUUUUCUUCCCUUCUCUUCUCCCCUCCUCUCCCCUCCUCUCUUCUCUUCUCCGCUCCCUCUCUUCCGUCCCAUCACGUUUCUUUCGAUAACCUCUCUCCCUCUCUCCCUCUCUCGUCGACUACAUAAAUACUCGUACAUACAUACAAAUUUCUAUAACCGAAUGCCCAGACAAAUCCCCACUUCGAUCCCCACUCUACCAUCGACUGGUUAAUGAUUGCCAACUCACGCGUCAACAAACAAACCUAGAAAAUCGGGCAAAAAUUAAAAAAUUAAAAAAUGUCAGCCAAACAAGAAUUUCGCAUUCGCGAUUUGAGCACUCGGAGUGUUCUGAUCUUUCCCACUAGAGCUCAAAUUGUUCGUGAUAUCAGGGACAUCACGUUACAGGUCAGAAAAUCCAUUUAUUUAUCGUAACUUCCGACCCCCCAUGCUGACCGAUUUUAGACGGGAACCAAUCAAAUCAUCAUCGAUGGUCUCGCUCCAACUAUCGAUGAACAUUCCAUCAAAGUCGAAGGAAAUGGCUCCGCCACUAUCACUGAAGUAUCCGUCGAUCUUCUUCCCAACCGUGAGGUUUACGAAGAAGUUUAUUCAUCCGACUCCGAGUUUGAGGAAGAGACCGAUGAUGAUUCCUCCGAUUCCGAGGAUGAAGCUAUGAAGCUUGUCGAUACCAAAAUCAAGCAAGUGAACCGUUUGCUAGCUCAAGAGGCUGAAAAGAUCAACUCGGUCGCAAGUCGUUUAAAAAUUUGUGAGGAUUAUGGUGCCACCGUUCGUGAUAAUCCUCCUUCGCCGGAGCAGUUCGAGAAACUCAUCAAAGCAUAUCGAGAUGAACGUGAGAAGAUUUAUGUUGAGCAUGUAGCAGCAACUGCCGCCCUGGAAGUUACACAAGACGAAAUCGUCAGAUUAAGGAAAGAGAAGAACAAAUUAACCAAAGCACGAACCAGGGCACAACGGAAAGUAUUCAAACAGAAGAUUAAGCUCCAAGCGACCAAAACUCGAAAGAAUGCCGAGGCAGCUAAAGAGAAAAUGCGGAUCAAGUCGGAGCGAAGUUUGUUCUGGCCAAAAAAGGUGUACCGUGUUACAAUUAGUAUCGAACCUACGAGCUCCGCCAUGACAUCUGGAUCAUCCCGCCCUAGCUCGGUAGCAAGUGACAUGACUGUCAACAACUACCAAAUCUCCAGUCGACGAGCUACGGACAUCAUUAGCCUCUCCAUUUCCUACAUCACCUAUGAAGUAUCUUGGUCUCCACGCUACGAUCUCAGCCUUAAUACGCUGACUAGCACAGGCGUAUUGGAAUAUGCGGCCGAGCUAAAGAAUAUGACGUCGGAAACGUGGCGCGAUGCCAAAGUUCUUCUCUCAACUUCGCAAACAUCCAUUACUAGUUUUAAUGAAUCGAUACCUACCCUGCCGCCAUGGAAUGUGCGACUCUUAAAGGGGGGAAGUAGAAAUGCCGAAGCCGCUCUUUUCAGCACCAGUGAGAUCGCAGCCAAGAGAACGGAGUGGGCUGAUAAGAAUAACCAGCAUCUUCAACAACCACGAUAUCUUCUCUUUGGGUUCGAGCCGACCAAUAAUUUGUUCGCCAAUAAAGGUGGAUUUGCGAGUACCAGUCUGUUCGGAAACGCCCCAGACCAAACCAAAUCAAGUCUGUUCCCACCACCAACCGCAUUCGGGGCCGCUACAACAUCCCAAAGGCCAAAUGGUGGUGGCUUGUUCGGUUCCACUGCCUCGUUCCAAAAUCCUGCCUCUACUAGUAGUUUAUUUGGAGCCCCCACAACAUCUCAAAAUACCGCUUCCAGCAGUGGAGUGUUCGGAUCUUUACACCCAACCCCGACGCAGAAUCAUGAACCUGUUGCUGAAAACUCCACUACACAACCAGCUCAUGGUAAUGCUCUCUUUGGGAAUGCUCAAGCCCACAUCCAUCAAGAACACAGCGUAAAUGUUUCCGCGCCGGGGUCUGAUAUAGGUGAUUCCACGGGGGCAUUCGAGGCUCCACUCGUUCAGCGCCUCCUCUCACCAAAACCUACCCUCACAUUCGAAGAAGGAGCUUGGGAAGAGUCUGGCAUGUCUACCACCUAUGACCUACCUGGACUCAAAACACUUAUGCCUUCAAACUCAGUUCUUAAACACAAGAUUGCCAAGAUUGAAUUCAAGAAUAUUGGAUUCGAACAUGUAGUUAUACCCAAGCUCCGGACUGUCGCAUUUCUCAAAGCCAAAUUACGUAACUCAUCCAAAAUUCCCUUGUUGGCAGGACCAGUGGGAUUAAAUUUGGAUGGCAGUUUUCUCGGGCAAGCUACUUUUCCAAGAUGCUCUGUCGGAGAGAGUUUUAGCUUGAAUCUAGGUGUAGACCCAGCUAUCAAAGUGGUUUAUAACAAGCCCGAGGUGCGACGCUCACAAAGUGGGAUCUUUUCAAAGGAAGAUAGCAAUGUAUUUUUACGUUCAUUGUCCUUACGCAACACGAGACUUCAACGAGGUGUUAGUUUAUUGGUUAUGGAUCAGGUUCCCGUCUCCGAGGAAGAGAGACUUCGAGUCGAGGUGUUGGUUCCGCGAGGUUUGAAACCUGAUGGUGACAGGAUUCCUACUGGACUGAACUUGGAUGACGAGAUGCUGCAAGGAGGUCGAGAACGGGAAAGAGAUAGGGACAGGGACAGACUUUCUAGCAGUGGUGGCGAGAUUGUACGGAGAAGUAAGAAAAUCGAUGCAUGGGGAACGGCCGAUGCAGAAUUAAAGAAGAGUGGAGAGGUUACCUGGAAUGUAAGAUUGGCACCGGGAGCGGGGGUAAAGUUGGUAUUGCAAUAUGAGGCUGGAUUUCCAAGCGGGGAGACGGUGGUUAAUGCAUAGGUGUAAGGUCAGGAUACGGUUAUGUGGGUGUGUUAUAUGACGGAAGCUUGUUACGAUUAGGAUAUAGUAGUAGAUUGUGUAGGUAGCAAUUUUAUUUCGUUCUGUGGAUAUAUCUUUCCCCAACGAUACUCUGUUUAUCGA